AUGGAUCCUCACAAUAACCCUGUGUACAAAAAAAAGCUCCUUGACUUUUUUGUUGAUGACGAAAGAUCCGGAAAAUUAAAAAUUAAAGAAGAAGAGCUCGAUCAAGCCUUUGAAAAAAUGGAAAGAAAAACCUUCUGAAAGCAAUUAGGAGUGUGUGCUUUUGCUAUGGUCGGCACUGUUUAUGCUGAUAAAUAUUAUUUCAAGUUUCCCAAUGAGCGAAAAUUUAAUAAAGGAAAAUAUGCUCUAUAUGCAGUAUCGUCUAUACUGACGUAUAGCCCAUACCCUUAUAUGGAUUUCUUAUUGAACAAAAUCUAAUGGAUAGAUGAACGACAAGGCAGAUUCUCUAGAUGAACUCAAUCUCUAUACUAGGAAGUUUUAAAAAGUGGCAUGUCAAAAAAUGGCACAACUGUGAAAAAGUUGGCAAGCAAAAGUGCUAAUUUUUAAAUGACUUUAUUAUUUGAACUUAUUUUAAAUUUAAGAUGCACAAUUAGACUGGGAUUGACUAAUAUCGUCUUAAUUUUAAAUAAAUAAUGCCAGUUUGAAUGUGAUCAAAUUCUCUAUAAAAGACAAAGCUAUGCUAAGCGCUUGCUGCUCUUUCUCAAGUUCUUAAUGACUAAUAUAAUACUCGUUAGCAAAUUUAAAUGAACUUAAAAAAUACAAAUUUGUCGAUCAAGUUACUUUUUUGCUGAAGGAUACAUUUUUUAAUAAACAAUGCUAAUUUGUUUCUGAUCAAUUGCUCUAUAAAAAAAGUUUUUAUUUAAUGCUCAUUGUUCUUUAUAAACUCUUAACGACUCAUAUUAAUGCUCAUUAGAAAUUUAAAUGGAAUUGAAAAUUAAAAACUUAUCGAUCGAAUUGCUUUUUUGUGGAAGGAUGCAUUGUUUAAUAAUUAAUGUCUUACUUACUUGUUACUUACUUACUUAAUUAUUUGGUGUUUAAGGUGUCUAGUGCCGCAGCCCAAAAAGGACCUAUGGCAAAACUAGUGAUGUAGGCGAGCCAUCUUGGAACAGGUCAGCCCUGGCCAAGCCUUCUAUCAACUCCUGCUUCAUCAGCCUUGCUGCACGUCUCACCCGGCGCGAUGCCGUCGCCCUUGUCGCUCGACUCAGCUCCUGCGCGUGUUCCGCCUAAGGGUCAUCCUCCCGUGGGGAUGUGCUGAGAGGUAAAAGCCCGAAAUCUUGAGAGGACUGAGGAGCAGUUCCUCUGGUUAUCCCCAGAGUUAAACCGCUAUUGCUGUCCAGAAGUUCUCGAGUGAAAACCUAACCCUAUAAAUAAAAUGGCAUUCGGUUUCGAGAGAAAUUAGCUUUGCUAAUUUUCUCUCCCUCAUGGAAUUUUAUUUAUAAUAAUUAAUGUCAAUUUGAUUAUGAUCAAUGUCUUUAUAAAAGCCAAAGUUUUGUAUUGAAUGCUCGUUGCUCUUUAUGAAGUUCUUAAUGGCUCAUAUUAAUGCUCGUUAGCAAUUUAAACGGAUUUAAAAAAUUAACAAAUUAACGAUAGAGUUUUUUUACGGCAGUAUAAAUUUUUAAAUAAGCAAUAUUGCUUAAUAUUUAUUAUCUCAGUCUAAUUAAUUUAAAAUUAAUUUAAUAGUAAAGUCAUUUCACAUAUUAGCGCAUUUGCUUGUCAAUUUUUCCACACUUGCAACCAUUUUUUUGCAUACCACUUUUUAACACUUCCUGGUAGAGAGAUUGAGUUCAUCUCUUUUGAGAGAGUCUAUCUUACUCGUUCAACAGACCAUUUCAUUUUGUUCUAUAAAGAAAUCUAUAUAGGGGUAUCGACUGUAUUGGGUGGAAUUAUGAAUAUGAGGAGGAAAAUCGAAGAUGGAUCUGCGUGCCAAAAUGGCUGAAAAAUAUGAAAAACAGCUGAUUUCUAUGCAUAAAGAGCUUCAGAUUUAUCAUGAGCAAAAGAAUAAACCACAGAUUUACUAUCAACAAAAUACUAAACCAGAGGUAUUUAAUGAGAUAAAAGAGAGAACUUAUAAUGUGGAUUAUAAUUACAACAAAAACUUUUUCCCAAAUAAUAAAAAUCCGAAUUUUCCAUCACAAUUUGCAUCACCAAAUACACAUCCAGAAGUCCCUUUUGAUACUUAUAACCCUCAGGCACCUUAUGGAGAGCUAUCAUAUGAUAAAAUGCCUGUGGAGGAGCCAUGAUAUAGGAGACCAGUCCAAAGCCAAAAUAAUCAAGACACAACUCAGACCUCAUACCCUAGGGUAAGUGAAAACAGAAACCAAGGCAAUUUUAACCCAAAAAAUGAAGGAAAACCUGCACGUUAA